AAUAAGACUGCAGAGUUGCGCGCCACAUCAAACCAUGUUUUACGCACAAGGCUAGUGCGGUAUUGCUGCUGCAGUCCCCUACUCCUUACAUCAACUGCAGCAGCAGCAGCAGGAGCGGAAGAAAGAGGGAUCGAGAGAUCUGGCGGAGGAGAGACCGAGCUCACAAGCACAUACACAAUUCGCCAAAGAUGGCGGUUAUGCGAAAGGGCCCCUGGAUCGAGCAAGAAGACCUUCAACUGGUACGCUUCGUGGACUUAUUCGGUGACCGUCGUUGGGAUUUCAUAGCCAAAGUCUCAGGUCUGAAUCGGACCGGGAAGAGUUGCCGGCUCCGCUGGGUCAACUACCUCCACCCCGACCUCAAGCACGGCCGCAUCACCCCUCAAGAAGAGCGCCUAAUUCUCGAACUCCACUCGCGAUGGGGAAACAGGUGGGCGAGAAUUGCCAGGAGGCUGCCGGGUCGCACCGACAACGAGAUAAAGAACUACUGGAGAACGCACACGAGGAAGAAGAAGAAGAAGGCCCAGGAACGGAGCCGGAAGCUGGCAGUGGCAUCAUCCGUGGACCGCUCCGUCAGCCUCAGCGAAGCCGCGUCGCCGGAAGUUGAAGCCGUUCGUGAACUCGACGGCGGCGUAACUGCCUGGUUCGAGGAGACUAACGACGGCCGGUACGUGGAUCAACUCUGCAGUAAUAUUUCUCUUCCUGACCCCUCCGUGAGCUUCGGCGAGGAAUUCGAGACGUCAAUGAUGCCUUCUCCUGCGUGGGAGUACGGCCCGUACUCUCUGUGGAAGAUCGACGAUGACGACGACUCAAAAUCAUAUGUAUAGCUAGAUCGCCAGAUCGUAGCAAGUUACUCAAACAUCGUGUAAAAUUGUUGGCCUUGCUUAAUUGUGUGAUGCAACUUUAAAGUUCAUCAGGUUGCUGUGAUUCUUGCGAAGAAGAAGAAAACAAACUGUACUUGUUUUGUGUUUUACAUUUCAGAAUGUUUUCUCUUUAAUUUCA